AUGGCGCCUCUUGUUCCAUCGCAAGGGGAGCUGCAGCGCCGCCGUAUUAUCGGUAUCAACGCAGAGACUGUCACCAACAUCCCCUCGACAGAUUUCCCCGGUCAUUGGCCCGGAGAAUCGCACGCUUGGGCACUUGAUCAGUUCAAGGACAGUUUCAAAGUUGAAUACCACCGCAAUGACCCUUACGAAGCCUCGUUCUCACUGAUCGGACUUGACGCCGCGGUCGCCAAUGCCUUCCGCCGCAUUUUGAUGGCUGAGAUUCCGACUCUGGCUAUUGAAUAUGUUUUCGUCCACAAUAACACCUCUGUCAUUCAAGAUGAGGUGCUCGCAUCCCGCCUGGGUCUGAUUCCGCUAAAGGGCUCUGUGGAAGGAAUCAACUGGAUGCACUGGUUCCGGAAGCCUUCGGAGGACGAUGAUGGGCCUGCACCCCCUGGUCCCAGUGACUUCAAUACUGUUGUCAUGCACCUCGAAGUUGAGUGCACCAAGAAUCCCGACGCCGCCGAUGACGAAACCGACCCGCGCAAGCUUUACCACAACGCUCACGUCUAUGCCAAGGACAUCACGUUCGCUCCUGUUGGUCGUCAGGAACAAUUCUUCGUCGGCGAUGGUGCCAUCCAGCCUGUUAAUCCGGAUAUUCUAAUUGCUAAGCUUCGUCCCGGCCAGAAAAUCGACAUGGAGCUGCAUUGUAUCAAGGGUAUUGGAGCGGACCAUGCCAAGUUCUCGCCCGUUGCGACCGCCUCCUAUCGACUUAUGCCCGAUAUCAACAUUCUGCGUCCCAUUAUUGGCGAAGACGCUAAGAAGUUUUCCAAAUGUUUCCCCAAGGGCGUCAUUGGCCUUGAGACUGUGACUGCCGAGGAGGCCGCCCGCAAGGAGAGCGGAUACGAGGGACAUGCAGGCGAACAGAAGGCCGUUGUGGUUGAUGCAUUCAACGACACUGUUAGCCGCGAGUGCUUGCGCCACGAGGAGUUCCAGGGCAAGGUCAAGCUCGGACGUGUACGUGACCACUUCAUCUUCAACGUGGAGAGCACUGGUCAGUUCGAGAGUGACGUUCUGUUCUUGGAAGCCGUGAAGGUCUUGAAGUUGAAGUGCGCCCGCUGGAAGCGUGGUUUGACCGACCUGAUGGCGUAA